AGUUUAUAAUACAAGUAACGUAAAUAUAACUCUAUACUUUUGAAAUUUAUUAUUAAAUUAAACUACUUAGAAAUGUAUUGUAGCUCUCACUGUGAAAUAAAAUGAAAGCAUAAAUUCGGAUCAAUUUUUAGUAUUUUUUGUUUUAUCAGUUGGUACCAAAUCAAAAUUACCGAAUUUGUAGUAAGUGAGGUUAGGUGAACUGAACAUUAGUCGGUAAAAUAUUAUAUGUCGACAGACUUUGUUCAAUAAUCUUCAUUUUACUUGCUAAUUUUUUGAAAAUGGGUGACGAAUUUUUGGAAGCUCUUUCAAAACACAUUGGACGUGUUAAAAUUCCUCAAGCUCACGAUAAAAUUUACAAAGAUGAAUGCGUGUACUCGUUUGAUUCUCCGGAAAGUGAUACCGGUUUGUACGUGUGCCUCAACUCAUUUCUUGGAUUUGGUCGCGAUCAUGUUGAGAGAUAUCACAAGAAAACUGGCAACUCUGUGUUCCUGCACAUCAAACGCGUUAAAAUCGAUGUGACGCCCAAGAUCCAAGGCGAUGGACCCGAGAAGAAAGUUACCCGACUUGCCAUCGGACUGGAAGGCGGGUUUACAUCGGACACAGAGCGGAAGUACGAAGUGAAGGAGGCCUUGAGUGUGGUUGUGUUGCCUCAGCACUUGAGUGCGCCCUAUCCAAGUGCCACUCUGCCCGAAAUGCUAACGAUGGCCGUGGAAGGGGUGCUCAGCUGUGAGUCGGCCUUUAGAGUAGCCGAGAAGGAAGCCAUGAUGGGACAGUGGGAUGGCGAGGCUAGGAUUGUCACCAAGCACGCUAACAACCUUCUGCAACUAGAUAACGAUAAAAAAAUUCCGCCAAGUGGAUGGAAAUGUGAAAAAUGUGAUCUGGACAACAAUUUGUGGCUCAAUUUGACCGACGGAACAAUUUUGUGCGGACGAAAAUUCUUCGACGGCUCCGGUGGGAACAAUCACGCUAGCGAGCAUUAUAAAGAGGCGGGUUACCCGUUGGCUGUUAAACUGGGUACAAUCACAAAGGAGGGGGUGGGGGAUGUGUACAGUUAUGACGAAGAUGAUAUGGUAGAAGAUCCCAACCUCAUAAAACAUCUGGCGCACUGGGGCAUCAAUAUCUCACAAAUGGAAAAGACUGAUAAAUCAAUGGUGGAACUGGAGUUGGAUCUGAAUCAAAGAGUGGGAGAAUGGGCCACUCUACAGGAGAACUGUUCCCAGCUGAAACCAGUGUAUGGUGCCGGCCACACGGGCAUCAUCAACCUCGGCAAUUCAUGCUAUGUCAGCAGUCUAAUGCAGGUUAUAUUCUGUGUGCCCGAUUUCGUUAAGAGGUUUGUUGAUGACGCAUCGGCAAUUUACGAUUCAAACGUACAAGAUCCUGCCAGCGAUUUCAACAUUCAAAUGGCGAAGUUAGGACACGGUCUCCUCUCUGGGAAAUACUCUCAGAAACCCCCAGAGACCUCUGAGGAAGACAGGGUGGUUAGGCCACAGGGUAUAGCGCCUAUAAUGUUCAAGACAUUGGUCGGGAAAGGUCACCCUGAUUUCUCCACCAAAAAGCAACAGGAUGUGUUGGAGUUUUUGCUACAUUUUAUUACUAUAUUGCAGUAUGCAGUUCCUCAAUCAGAUGAUGAAUCUUCAAUGAGUGGCAUGUCAGAUGGUUCUAAUGACUUCUUUGUUUCUGAAACUGAUGACAAUUCAUCUCAUGACAGCUACAUUUCAGAUCUCAGCUGGAAAUAUCAAAAAAUAUCAAGGAAAAAACUGAGUGAUUUUGAAGUACCACUGACUGCAACUACUGAUAGCAACAGUGAUUCUGAAGAAGAUGAAACAAAUACAUUGAAUGAUUGGAAUGAAACAUCUGCUGGAGGCAAUGACUUUGAUACAAAUUUAUUCUCCAAUACAGACAACUUCAAUGAUGGACCUGAGACGCCGACCCCACCUGAGUGUGAAAAGGCUGAGAAGAAGAAAAAGAAGAAGAAGACAGACAACUUCAAUGACAAUUCUGGCUACAGACCUUCUUCAAAUGAGAGAAAGCCAACAGCUAAGCCAACUUUGCCUUUACACUCACCCUUUGUCAAAAACUCUGUCAAGAAAAAGAUUAUUAGAGUGCAGUGGAGUAAAGAGGAGAUGGAUAUUUUGAAUGCAUUUUUUGCUGAAGAGAUAAUUCUAGGAAAGAGACCACCUACCAAGAAACGAUGCGAGGAGUUGAUAAACAAACAUCCACAGUUCCAAGGAAGAGGAAACUAUCUAAAAAUCAAGUGGAGAGUUAAUGCCAUUAUCCAAGAGAGGAGAAAGAAGCUGUUUGAUUUCAGCCAACAGGUGAGGCCACACAUAAAGCUGUCUUCCUGUUUCGACGUGUUCACACAAGUGGAGAAUGUUGAACAGUUCUACAGCACCGCCCUGAAAGACAAAACUACUGCUCAUAAGACUACCCGGCUAUCAACCCUCCCCGACUACCUGUUUCUCCAUCUGAAGAAGUUCACCCUGCUGCCUGAUUGGACGCCUGUGAAGCUGGAUGUGUCGGUGGAGAUGCCCGAGGAAGUGGACCUGUCCGCCCUGAGGGGUGCGGGCGGACUCCAGCCGGGGGAGGAGGCGCUAGCCGAGGAGAGUGCAGAGACUGUCAAGGUCAACAUAGACGAGAAUAUGUUGGCUAUGUUGGUCGAUAUGGGAUUUCCAACGGAAGCAGCCAAGAAAGCAAUAUUCUUCACGGAGGGGAGAGGAUUGGAAGCAGCUACGGAGUGGAUAAUGCAGCAUAUCGGAGAUGACGACUUCCAAGCCCCGUUUGUGCCUCCUGGACUCAAUAAAGCAUCUGAUAAAGGUUUUGUAGCGAACGAAGACUCUGUGACGACGAUCAUGGCUAUGGGGUUCACCCGGCCUCAGGCCGUCAAGGCUCUCAAGUCCACGGACAAUCAGCUGGAGCGAGCCUGUGAUUGGAUAUUUAGCCACCAGAUGGAAGUCGACGAGCCCGAACCAAUGGAGCAAGCCGGCGCUACAAAUCCAAAUGAGGAGAAGUUUAGAGAUGGCGGAUCAAAAUACCGACUAGUGGCCUUGAUAUCACAUAUGGGUACUUCAACCAUGGUGGGUCACUACGUGUGUCAUAUACUGAAGAAUGGCUCAUGGGUGAUAUUCAACGAUGAAAAGGUGGCCCUAUCCGAAAACCCACCCAAAGAUCUCGGAUAUGUCUAUCUAUAUGAGAGGAUUCAGUCGUAGGGUAGGAGAAAGUAUAGGAAGGAGUAGGAGGAUGAGGAGGAGGAAGAGGGGGAGGUGUAGUGGGAGAAGAAGGAGAAGAAAAGUAGAAAAAUGAAAAAGAAAAAUGAUAUGUUGUUAUGAGGAAGCAGAAAAGGAGGAAGAUGAGAUAGAGAAGGAUUAAGAGAGGGGUUAGGAUGUGGUGAAGGGUGAGUAGGAGUAGGAGGUGGAGGAGAAGAUGGAAUAGGAUGAAGAGGGGAAGGUGGAGAAGGGGGAGGAGUAAUGGGAGAAGAAGAAAAGUAGAAAAAUGAAAAAGAGAAGAAAAAUUAUAUGUAGUUAUGAGGAAGCAGAAAAUGAGGAGGAGUUGAAUGAGAAGAAGAAGAAGGAGGUGGAGGAGAUGUGGCAACCUAAGAAGAAAGUGGAGCGAGGAAGAGAAGAUAGCAGGUGAGGGGAAGAAGAAAAAAAGAAGAAGAAUGUGAAGGAGGGGAAAGAGUCGGAGGAGAAGAGAAAGAAGGAAGAUAUAAAAAUUAGUAAGAAGAAGAAUAAGAUGUUGAUAAAAGGAGGAAGUGAAAGGAAGAGGAAGAGAAGAAGGACAGUGAGAAUAAUUUAAAACAUAAGAAGAAAGAGAUAGAAGAAGAAGGUGAAGAAAGAGAAAGAAGAAGAAGAGAAGGAAGUAGAAGAAAGAGCCGUGAAGGAUAUUGCGAACAAAUUGAUGAAAAAUUGAAGAAUUUAACUAAUGGUGAUGAAUAGGAUAAGGAGGAGGAAGAAGAAGAGAAAAUGAAAGGAAUUAAGGAGAAAAAGCAAAGGAUGGGUUCAAAAGAAUGUUGGAAAAACGAAAAACUUGAAAAAUUUGUUUAGUGAAUAAAAAUGCAAAAAAUUGAGCUACGCCUAUGUAAACAUACAGAGUGUUU